CAGCGCCGCCAUGUCCCGCUGGCCGGGCCCGGCUGGGGCCCGCCGCCCUCCCGGGGCCGGGGCAGCGCUGUCCCCCGCUCCCCUCGACCUGAACGCGGAGCGGGAGAAGAUCCGGCGGGAGAUCGAGGAGCUGGAGCGGAGCCUGGAGCCCGGCGGGGCCGGCAUGGAGGUGGCCGACUCCAGCCUCAGCUCGGAUGAUGGUGAAGAUGAUGACUCAGAUUCUCCUGCUGAAAUGGAGAUGGAAGGAGAAGAUGACAGCAGUGAUGAUGAUAUUGAAGGUGGUCUGCCACAGGAUCCAGAGACGUGUCUGCAGAUGAACCACGUGUACCAGGAAGUCAUCCAGGAAAAGAUUGAUGAAGUUGAGCUUCUCAUUGCACAAAACAAAGAACAGCAGAAGGAAAUCAUGUGCGAGCUUGAUGGUUCGAAAAUAGCAAAGGGAGGAGAUGGCAGAAAUCUACCAGCAAAUAUAUUUUUGGGUCAUUUUAUGAAGCCAUACUUUAAGGAUAAAACAACAGGAAUUGGCCCUCCUUCCAAUGAAGAUGCCAAGGAAAAGGCAGCUCAGGGCAUAAAAUCCUUUGAACAACUGAUUUCAACAAAAUGGAAAAGCAGAGAGAAGACAUUAUUGCAGAAAUCAGUAGUAAGUGACAGCUUGCAGCGCCUGCUUCAGCCAAAGUUACUGAAGCUUAAUUACUGGAAUCAGAAACUGGAAAAAGUCAAGACUGAAAUGGAGAAACAGAUCUUGGAAAAACAAAUCAAAGAAGUGGAACAAGAAAUAGAGGCAAUUAAUCAACUCCCAGAAAGUGACUUGUUAGGAAACAGAUUUGAUGAGCACGACUGGGAGAAAAUUUCAAACAUCCACUUUGAUGGACAGCGUAGUUCAGGAGAACUAAAGAAGUUCUGGCAAAAUUGGGAGCAUCCAAGCAUCAACAAAAAGGAGUGGACUGAGGAGGAAAUAGAGAGGCUGAAGAAGAUCGCUGCGGAACACGGGUAUCUGGACUGGCAGGCGAUAGCCCAGGAGCUGGGGACCAACAGGACCCCUUUCCAGUGCUUGCAGAAAUACCAAGUCUAUAACAAAGAUCUGAAAAGGAAAGAAUGGACCAAAAGUGAAGACCAGAUGCUUUUAGAGCUUGUUCAAGAGAUGAGAGUAGGAAGUCAUAUCCCAUACAAGAAAAUUGCUUAUUACAUGGAAGGACGAGAUUCUGCUCAGCUGAUUUACCGCUGGACAAAGAGCGUGGACCCCAGUUUGAAGAAAGGACCCUGGACACCUGAGGAAGAUGCUGUGCUGUUGGCUGCAGUUAAGAAGUACGGAGAGCGUGACUGGUACAAAAUUCGGACAGAAGUGCCUGGGAGAAGCGACGCUCAGUGCAGGGAUAGGUACUUAAAAGCAUUGCACUGUGAUGUAAAGAAAGGCAAGUGGAGUUUAGAGGAGGAGGAGCAGCUAAUUGAACUGGUAGAAAAGCAUGGCCUGGGUCACUGGAGUAAAAUAGCUUCUGAACUGCCACAUCGGACUGGCUCCCAAUGUCUGAGCAAGUGGAAACUCAUGAUUGGAUCUAAGAAAAGAUCUAGGCCAACAAAACGCCGACACGUGCAAGAGAGUUCCAGCUCUUCGGAGAGCAGCAGCGAGGACACAGAACUGGACUUACCAGACACUUCAGAGGAGGAGAUGACAAGCGAGGAGGAGACAACAAGCAAGGAGGAGGGUGCACUUCCCAGCAUCGAUUUGUGGAUUCCAACAUGGACAAAUACACAGGAGUCGAACCAAGGAAGAUACCAAACUCCAUCCCUUUUCUCGCCUGGGAGUGGUGGUGAAAUUCCAGGCACAAUGUGUGAUGGAGACAAGGACAGAGUUGACGGUGCAUCGACAGAGUUGAACACCCUCCUGAGAGGCAUCACACGUCCACAUUCAACAGAUAUCAUUGUGAAGAAUCCAGUGGAAGUAAUGAACAAGGCUUCCAGGUGUGGAAAGCAAGUGCUACGGGUUAGCCUGGAGAAUGUGAGAAGAGUAUUGAGAUACAACACACACUUUCAGAGGAAACUUCAAUCGAAGAUACUGAAACCUUCUGCUGCCGUUUUAACAAAAAUAUCAGGAGUUAGUACAUCUGGCCAGAAGCUUCAGGGGCUGCAGAACAUCACGGAGAAAACGUAUCGGCAAGAGAGAGAGCGUUUGAGGAGAAUGAACCUCGACAGAAAGCUUCUAAUGGCUGUGACACCUUGGGUGGGCAACGUGCUGCUGCCUUGCACCUUGCAAACCGGGAAGAUGGCUUUUCGUCAGACAAAAGCUGAUUCUAUUCAAGAGAAGAUUAAGUCGGUCAGUCUGGCGAGCACCCCGCUGUUCACGCUUUUCAUUCAGCUCUUUCAGAUUGAUACCAAUGGCUGCAUGAAGAUCAUCCGUGAGAGAAGGCUGAGGCAGUCGGAGCUGCUUAGGGCUAACACAAGGCAGCCCCAGCAGGCUUCCCAAAAUAUGGAGACUUCUUCAGGCAAUUCGUCGCAAGCUUCUACUCAGAGGAAAUCGCAAAGGGGCGUACCAAGGAGUGGUGUCAGGAGACCUGUUGCCUUAAAAGCAUGGGAGACUUCUGCUGCUGCCUUGGAGAGCAGCUCUCCUGCCAUCCAGGCAGCUCUGCCAGCCCAAGGGCAAAGGCAGAAGCCCAAAACUGUCUCAGAAUUACUGAGAGAGAAGCGGCUACGAGAAUCCCGGGCUAAGAAGGCAAUGCAGAGGACAGUGUUUGUUGCCCCACAGAUGCUGGUUUCGGGGCCUCUCAUCAUCCAGCAUCCACCACAGCAAAUCAUUCCUUCUGCGCCAGCAGUGAGCAAACCUGCAGCAGCUGGUUGUGCCAACAGCCCCGUACAGUGUGCACCAGCUCCAUUGCCAGCCUUUACUCCUGUUGCAGGUUCAACUUCUACCACUGCUGUGCUUGAAAACGAUUCCUCAUCGGUGCCAGAAACUGGGAAAAGCCCUGGUUCCUCACAAGGGACAGAACUGCAAGCCAGUAAGGAACAAAAAGAGCAAGCUUUGGAAAAUAGCCCUGAAGGAGGGGCUUUUCCAGGCCCAAAUCCAGCUGCAGCAGAGAAGGUCCCAAACCAAGGAGAGUGCACUGGUCAGGUCCUGGCUGGUAGCUCAGCUUCAGUAGUGCUGCAGAACCAAGCUUUUGUGCCACGUCAGAUUACAGUGGUGCCUUUUGGCGUUGACUCUGGCACCACCAACUUGUCUCUUUCCACACCAGUUACCUGUGAGCUGAACAGUAAAGGGCCACAACAGGGACCAGUCAAUUUGUUGCCUGCUCUUGUAACUCCCCAAGCUGGUUCGUGUUUGAUUCCCAACAGCAUUCUGCCUUUCACGUGGGUGGUGACACCCCAGGCUUUGCUCCCCACCACGGUACAAACGGUGGUGGGUGUUCCCCAAGGACUGCCAGCUGCUGCUGUGAGAAAUCAGUGUCAGACAGCAGUGACUUCCAACAGCGAUGCCUCUAGCUUAGCAGUGCCUCCUGCACCAGCAGGAGCAGACACACCUCAGCCCAGUGGUGCAGAGACAAAAGCACCAAGUGCUCAGUUAGCAGAACCUUUGGGAAAGACAACUGAUCAUUCCACAACUCUCCUGCCUAUGACCUCAGCAAGUCCUGGGAGCACCACAUCUAGCAUUUCUUCUGCAGCACCUGCAUGUUCAGGUGGGUUCUCCAAGGCUUCUGACUCCUCUGCAGCUCAGGCUGCUCUUCCAGCAGACGGUCCAACGCUGCGUGCUGUGCUGCUGCCUCAAACACAGCCACCUGCAGGCACUCAAAGGGCUGAUUCCCAGUGUGUGUCAGGUCUCACUGGCUUGGGAAAGAGCCAUGAGUCCGUUACAACAAACGGAUCAUCUUCCAAUCCAAGCAUUGUCACAAAAGGGCUUGUGCUCCGGCCAGGAGAUCCAGUUCCCCAUAGCAAUGUCUCAAGGAACACUGGGUGCUUUGCUGCAUUGAAAAACAGACCUAUUGCCUCCAAACCUCCCACUACACAGCCUGCUGAGAGCCCAGCCCAGCCCACCACCUCCAGCGCAGAAAAGAAUCCGCUCGACUUCAGCCUGGUCUCCCUUGAAGACGAGGGGGUGGUGAAGGAGUGGCUGAGCGGGAAACAAGGUGUCCAGGUACCGUCGCUCCAAACCAGGUUGCCUUAUUUGCCACCUUUUCUGUGCAACGUAAAAACCCUCUCGAAGCUCCUUCUGCAGAAGGCAGCUCUAGAAGAGCAAGCAGCAUCUCUUCUGCCUCCUGAUGCCCGUCGGGGUGAGGGCACGGGGGUUGAUUUGCACGCCAUCGGGGAGCUGGUGCAGCAGAAACUGGGGGACAACCCCGCUUACCUCCUCCUGAAAGCCAGAUUCCUAGCAGCCUUUACACUCCCCGCUGUACUAGCGACUCUGCCUCCUCCAAAAGUGGCAACAACUCUGUCAGCCAGCAGGAAGCAAUACGAGGAGAGUGAUGAAGAGGAGUGGCAGAGUGAGAAGGAAGAGCCUGAGGAAGAGAGUUGUGGGAAUGAGCUCAUGGGUGUACAGUUGGACGGGACAGUUGGUGAUGAGCCUGGAGACAGAGAUGCUGAUUUGCUAAAUCAGGGCUCGGGAGCUGAAGGGAUUGCUGCACAAUCUGUCUUGGAUUCCUGCACUGAGGUGGCUGAUGCCAGUGCUCCUCAAAUCAGGAGAAGUACCCGUUUCAGGAAAAGGAAGAGGGUGUGAGAAGGAAACAUGAGUCUCUUGAGUGAGGUCUGCCCUCCUGCGCGGCAGUAGGAGAUAACUCUUUGCACUAUUCACUUUUAACACUUCCAACAAACUGAGGGACCUGGGGAAGAGAGGAGAAGGGCCAGACUGGUUUUCCCAUCACCUGACCAAGUCUGCAUCUUUAAAACAAGCUGCAAAAAAUGAAACAGAAUGGCUGGAGGGGAAAGUCUUUCAGACCAAUCCUGUUCUCUUUCAAACUAGCACCUGCUAUGGAUGCUGAGGGGGGAAGAUCGCUGGAGAUCUGGGGAAACCAGCAAUGAUGGUUAUUUAUUUCCUUUUUGUAUUAGCCCCUAUUUAUGUGAAUGUUUAUCCAUGUUCAGAAUAUGUUGUUGGUUUUUUUUUUUAGUGCUGUGACAGUGUUUUUGCUUGAUAGCUGACUGAGUACUGCUGAAUAAGCAGCGGAUUAAUUUUGUAUCAAAAUGAGUCUUGAGUAUUUGUUGAAAUACAGAUGUUUUAUUUUUCUCACUUAAAAAUUA